AUGGACAACAAUUCUGUUGAUUGCAAAAAUGCAAAUUUUGUAGACUGGGCGGCUUAUGAAUUGUAUUUGGAACGCAAAGGAGUGAUAAUCGCGAUAACAGAUGCACUGUAUUCUUUGUUCAAUGAAAAACCUUCACCAAAAAAUGUUUAUCAGUAUUUGUUUCAUAAGCUCGGAGGAGGCCGUUACGCGCGCGAAAUGAAAAAUCAGCUGUUGAAAUUGAAGAAUAAAAUCGGAAAGACGUCUCGUGAAAUCGAAACGGUGACCGACGAAAUUGAACAUCUGUCACUCAUCCGGGACAACCGCUUUAAGUUCAGCGUGUAUAAGGAUUUCGUAGACAGGAAACGCAGGGAAAACAAAAAAAUAGAAAAAUAA